AUGCGCGAGCUAGUCUUUAGGGCGAGGCAGCUUUACAAAGAGCUGUCUGUGCUCGGCCGAUCUUAUCCUGAUCCUAACUAUCGCUUCCACGAGAAGCUCCGACGUUGUUUUGCGCCUCAGGCAGGUCAGCGCGAUGAGGAGCAGCUCAAGUCUGCGAUAGCCAAAGCCGAGUUCAUCAAGAAAGAGAUUGAAACACUAUACUUUUUGAAGAAGUAUCGAGCAAUGAGACGAGCAUAUCCGAAGCUCGAAGAGUGA